AUGGCUCUGCUGAACGUGAAGACGUUUGCCAUUUGGAAGAGGCAUGGCAUUCGGCAGCGGGAAGCCCCAACACGGUGGGAAGCUACAUGUGAAGUGACAGAUGAAGCCUGGCCCCUGUCAGAAGAGUUCAGCGGCUUAGAUGUCUUGUGCGACACAGAGGUAAGGACUCACCGGUCACAUAUAUAUAUUUUAUGCUUAAUGGUUUUACCCCUGAACAAAGAUAUGACUCCACAUUGCUUUUCGUAUUUCCACUUUGAGUUCAAUGAAGAUUUCGUGAAGCUGUUCCAGCAAUCUCUGCGCACGCUCCCCUCCGUUGGUCUGCCUACCCUUCUGGCCUACAGACCCGAAUCGUCACGAGAAAACAUCCAGAUCGAGGCGAAGGAGGCCCCCGCGCCGAGGUGCGAGCACUGCGGCAGGCUGCUGAAGCCCUUCCCGCCCUUCGAAGACGUUUGCCCACCGUCACAGGACUGGGAAUCAAAAUUCUGCUGCGAGCAUAACCGAGACCUCUACGAGUUCAUCGUGAACGAGAGGAAGACCCGUGAAGGCGCUGGGAGCGUUCCCAUUGCUGCUGGCCCCCGUGAAUCCCACGGCACCGAAGCUGAGAGGCCGCUGUCGAAGCAGAGAGCGUACCAGAGGCAGCGGGAGAGACAAAUGGCCAGACAGUCAGCUCUCCUGGCAGCGGAGCCGACGAGCAUAGCGGAAAUGAAGAAUGAAUUGCUGGAAAAAUACUACAAACAUGGAGGGAAAUUCCUUACCAUGCUUCCAGAUGGAACAGCACAGUUAUUCUAUCCGUCUGGAAAUCUGGCAGUCAUUGUCGUGCGAGAGAAGAACCAGCUUGCUUGCAUCGUACAGGAGGACAAGCCGCACCACGCCGAAACACAAGCAGUGUUUAUGUCCGGCGGCAGAAGUACCUGCUAUUACCCCAGCGGAGCCGUGUGGAUAAGCAUGAGUAUUCAGGGAGGGCAGUACUUGGACCAAGCAGGCAGCAGGGUGAGAAGGUGGAUGUGGCCGAGCAGCGUCACGUCGCCAGGACCCCACGUCCCGCUAAGACCCAUCUUCAUCUCCCUGAACCGGCACGUGGGGGUCAGGAUCCUGGGCCAGGACAAGAUCACCGUUUCCUUCCUUGCCAUGGGGCAACAAGCAAAAUUCAACGUGGGGACCAAAGUGCAGGUCAGCGACGUCGGCCGGCUGCCUCCCCCAGCCCGGCUGGGCGAAGACGAGCUCCUGCUGCUUGCCUUCAGGGUGAGGAUUCUGCGGCUCUUCCACAGACUCCGUGGAUGCUUAAACUAUCCUUCUAAUGAGCAAUGGGACAAAAUUCAGCCUCCCGCUUACCUUAUCACACAGACUUUAAAGAUCCUACAGCUCUGCGCAACUUCUGACAUAAGCGAUGAGCUGCGCAGUUUGGUCAGGCCGAUAGUAAAUGCUCCAGACUGA